GUCAAAUUGGGGUUGUUUCCUCCUCCGAAAUCCCAACCUCAAUCGGGAGAAAAAUCGUCUUCAACCGGUGUAAGACGCAUAGAUCCCUCGGAUUCUGAGAAAGCUGCUGCAGAAAAGAAAGCUGCUGAAGAGGAUGCAUUAGAAGACGCUGAUGAUCCGGAGCGAUUGCGUAAGGCACGCGAUUGGGAUGCGUUCAAAGAUGAUCAUCGCCGGGGUUGCGGUAACCGAAUGAAUCGAGCCUGA